CUUAUCGUACAAGAAAAAGAUGAUGUUCAAAUUGUAUCAUAGACCUGUAAUUUUAUUCAAUUUUUUGAAUCUGUGUAUCUCACUUAUAUUAAACAGACACUCCUCAGUUCAAUGUCUUGGAAUGUGGUGGAAUUUGGGAUUUUUAGGAAAAGAUGUUUACAAUAUAGAUUACAAAAAUACGAAUAUGAAUUUAACGACAGAUCUAGAUGCAGUUCAGAAUCAAGAGUAUCGACCAUAUGUAUCGCACUUCCCUACAAAUCAUAUAGCCCCUUUCUCCCAAAAUCGUGAAAUUUCGUUUAACGAAGAUAAACAAACAAGACAAUUUAAUGAACAAACCAAUUCAAAUCCACACAAUUCCGAUAUGAAAUCUAUAUCCGCGUGGUGUCAAUUACCUGGUCUUAGUAAAGGGCAGCAGAAAUUAUGUGUAUUAUAUCAUGAUCAUAUGUAUGGCGUUGGUAAAGGGGCUCAGUAUGGAAUUCAUGAAUGUCAAUUUCAAUUUCGUAAUCAAAAAUGGAAUUGCAGCAUUAGGAUGAAUGAUGAAACUGUCUUUGGACCCAUACUUAAAAUACCAAGUCGCGAAACUGCAUUUGCCCAUGCUAUCAACUCAGCCGGUGUUGUACACGCUAUCAGUAGAUUUUGUAGGCAAGGAAUAUUAUCUAGUUGUAGUUGUGGAAAAAUAAAAAGACCAGGAAAUUUGAAAACUGAUUGGAAAUGGGCUGGAUGUGGAGAUAAUCUCAAAUAUGGAUAUAAAUUUGCUACAGAGUUUGUAGAUAUUAGAGAAAGGGAAAAGUUUUUUCACUCCAAAGUCCGCAAUGAUUUAAAUAAAGCAUAUGAGAAUCAUGUUGAUAAUGAUGAUCAAAAAAGGCCUAACUCUUUAUACUCAGUAAAAAUUAAUAACAACCAGUUUAUUAAUAACAGCCGUUAUCACUUAAAGGAGAUUCAACCGCUAAAAAAAGAUUUUGGACAAAGGAAACGAAAUAAAUAUGCAAAGUCGUUGAUGAAUUUGCAUAAUAAUGAAGCAGGAAGAAGGGCAGUCUAUCAUACAACACAAAUAAAUUGCAAAUGUCAUGGGGUAUCAGGGGCUUGUAGUACUAAAACGUGUUGGCCACAAUUAGGACCAUUUAGAAAAAUUGGGCGAUUGCUUAAAGAAAAAUACGAUAAUGCUACAAGAGUGCGGCUCAAUGGUCUGAGCAGUUUACAAGUUUCCUUAAGUCCCAAAGGGAUGAGAGCAAAAUCACAAGGAUACUAUUAUAAUUCGAAAUACGAUAUAAAAGUUCCAACAGCAUCAGACCUCGUUUAUUUAAAAAAAUCUCCUGAUUUUUGUAUAACCGAUCCGAGAAUAGGCUUUAGCGGGACUAAAGGUAGAAUAUGUGGCAUUGAUUUUAAUUCUCAAUAUCCUCAUGACCUUCAUAAUAAUCAACAGGCAUUUCAAUCAUCUCUUCCCUCAAAUUCUGAUUUGGACGAUGAUAAUAAUUUUGAUGAGCUGGAUAAUAUAAUAUCAUUCCAUGGCGGCGACAUGAGUGAUUUAACAAUGUUUUACUUUCUUGCAUCCUCAAUAUACGAUAAUGACAGCCCGCAUAAAAAUAAUUUAAAUGGAGGUUCUUCUGUCUGUCGCAAUUUAUGUUGCGGGCGUGGUGACGAGAAAAAGGUUAUUACACUUAAACAACGUUGCCAUUGCAAGUUCCAGUGGUGCUGUGAUGUCAAAUGUUCGGUUUGUAUAAAAAAUGUCACAUUUUUUGUUUGCAGAUAGAUACAUUUUUUGUUUGUAGAUAAAUAAAUAUAUUUAUUUACUAAAAUAAU